AGUAAAAUAAUAACGCACAGCCUUGCACAAAAAAACAAAACAAUCGCUUAUAAUGGCUUUUUUGGAAGAACCUCGGCCUAAUUCACCAAUCGAUAGUGAAAUGGAAGACAAUCCAACAAACAAUAUUCGGCCAUAUCAGUUUGAGCCCGAAUGGCCGGGUGAUGAACACGAAGAAGCUCACCAGUUUGAGGAUAACGAAGAACAGGAAUUUUUGUAUAUUGACGAUGAAUCUCGGCGCGACAAUCUUGAAUGGUGUCAAUGUGGUAACUGCCAAAUAAUAGAUAAUAACGAGAAAUGUUUAUGCUGCAAAGAGAUUUCCAAUAUUUGUGACAAAAAUUUAGAGGCAGUAGAAACGAAUGAGACCACCGAAGUCCCUUUGUGCAUUACACAACAUCCUGGUUUUGAGCCUGUUUGUCUUAACAGGUGGGUUUUACAAACAGUUUGGUACCAGUAAAAGCAGCAAUAUGAGAUAGCAUAUGAUGGGCCCGAGGACAAACUGUACCGCCAUAUUGCAUAUAGACAGUUGGCAAGAUGGUGCUGGGGUGUCUUGGGUAGAGAAGUGAGAGUCAUCUUGCCAUCAUGUGCAGUUACUCGCAUUAGAGAAACAUUUCCUCCACCUGGUCUUGCAGAGGAAUUUCAAUUUGAAGGCUUUCACUAUGUUGAUGAAUGAAGUAUUUUAUUAUGAUAUAGGUAUACUCAUUACAAUUACUUUGUAUGUCAAUAUUAAAGUGGCAUAGCCAGCUCAUUUAUAGGUCAUGCUAUGCACAUUUAUUAUUAUUAAUUUAUUACAAAAAAAACAGAUUUACAAAGAAAUGAUUAUAAAUGUGGCUUGGCUAUUACACUGGUUAUAAUAUAACUAUAAUUAAUUACAUGAAUAGUUUGUGUAAUGCAGUGGUGAAACUAGCUAUAGCAAAAGGUUUUGCUUUGUUAAUAUUUAAGAAUGAAUAUUUUUUAAGUAGUACAAAAGUUGUCUUCACUGAUUCGACGUUAUAUUAUAUGGGUAUGGCAAAACCUAUUGCCAUAGCUAACAUCACCACUGACAUUUUAUGCAAAUCUAGACUGAUGUUCCUUUACAAGUACUUCUUUCCUGGGUGGACAUGCUUUAGAAAUGUUCUUUGGAAGAUUCUUGCCAUGAUGUACAAGUUCAAUCUCCUCAGUUUUGCAUGCAUUCACAACCUCCGCAAGUAGUUUAUCAAUGUACUGGUACUCUUUCUUUUCUUUCAUUGCUUUUACAACCCAUUGCUUCUGUGUUUUAGCAAAAAACAUUUUGUAACGGUCUUGCCCUUUGUUUGUCCCUGACUUAAUGAAUGCUUUAUCACGUUUAAUAUUGUUGUUGUGAUCUAAUGCUGCUAACUGAGUGCGGGCUACCAUUCCAGGAAAUGAAAAAUGCUCUCGCUUUGGGCAGGUCUUUUAGAAGCCUCUUGUCACAUAUCACCUUCUCUGCAGCGAUAUAUGCUUGUGAAGUUGGAGAUAACCACUUCUUCUGCUUUGUUUCUUUUUCUGUUAAUUGUUGGUGGCAACAUUGAUGAAAAUAUGUGUUCCCCUUCCAGAAAUGCUUGUUGGAAAUGUGGUUAAGGACAGACUUCCAUUUUUCCACCAAUUCUUCUGCAUUCUUGUUACAACUUGCAGAGCACCACCAAAGAUGAUUAGAAAUGGACUUAAUCCAAUGGGUCAAGUCAUCAUUUCCCUUAAUGUUAACCUUCUUUUUUAGUUUUUUUGUGACAGAUUUAGACAAAUGCCACACAUCAUAUUGGUGAUCAAUAUGAGGGUGUUUGUUUUUCAACCUCUGCAUCCACAGUAUUCAGCAUCGACAGUGUAGUUUGGACUUCCAUGGCAUGUAAACUCCUCACAACAAAUGAACACUGUGUUGAUGCAUCUUUGGUUUCUGGCUUGCAAUAAUUAGUUGGCAAUGCUUCAGGACUGUCAGACGCACCCAAAUCAAAACUGUUAUUUGCUUCAGGCUCAAGCAAUGAGAAAACAUUUGUACUUGUGGAGGAACAUUGUUCUAAAAUAUUUGAAAGCUGAAAAUAGAAAAAAUAGAAAUAUUUAGAAUAUACUUUAGGCUAUAACUUUUUCUUGAUUAAAAUUUAACAAGAAA